UGUUGUUGUUAGCUUCCUGGUGAAAGAGGCUAGCCUUCAUGCAUCUUCGUCCACACUACAUUCGCAGAAAUAAAACAAGCAUAGGCAAUAUUUAAAACUUCCAGUUAAGAAUUUGUUUGUGAUUCUGCGUCAGUUUUCUUCCCGUCAUCAUGGACGAGGAAUAUUACAGCGGCGCAGGGGACUGGGAAGGCACGGAGGGAAACAAUGAGGAUGGCUAUGGUGAAGGAGAAGAUGAUGGGAAAAUCCAGGAGGAUUGUCUGCAGAAAUUCUCCAGUAGGGAUUACAUCAUGGAGCCUGCAAUUUUCAACACCCUCAAAACAUAUUUCCAAGCGGGUGGCUCUCCAGAACAUGUCAUCCAGCUUCUCUCUGAAAACUACUCUGCUGUAGCCCAGACGGUCAAUCUUCUAGCUGAAUGGCUCAUCCAGAUGGGUGUAGAACCUGCGCAGGUACAAGAGCGAGUAGAAAAUCACCUCAAGAGUCUCCUGAUAAAGCACUUUGACCCCCAGAAAGCAGAUUCCAUUUUCACUGUGGAGGGAGAGACUCCUGCUUGGCUUGAGCAAAUGAUAGCUCACACAACGUGGCGAGAUCUCUUCUAUAAGCUGGCGGAGGCUCAUCCUGAUUGCCUGAUGCUCAACUUCACUGUGAAGCUUAUUUCUGAUGCGGGUUACCAAGGAGAAAUCACAAGUGUGUCCACAGCGUGUCAACAGCUGGAAGUUUUCUCCAGGGUGUUGAGGACAUCUUUGGCCACACUGCUGGAUGGUGGAGAGGAAAACUUGGAGAAAAAUCUGCCAGAAUUUGCUAAAAUGGUGUGUCAUGGUGAGCACACUUACCUUUUUGCCCAGGCAAUGAUGUCCAUUCUUGCUCAGGAGGAACAGGGCGGUUCAGCUGUUCGCCGGAUCAGCCAGGAGGUGCAGAAGUCUGCACAUGAGAGAGGUCACGAUGCCAGCCAGAUAACCCUGGCGCUCGGCACAGCAGCAGCCUACCCUCGAGCCUGCCAGGCACUUGGCGCCAUGUUGUCCAAAGGAGCUCUGAAUCCUGCCGAUAUCACAGUUCUCUUUAAGAUGUUUAGCAGCAUGGACCCUCCUCCUGUAGAGCUGAUCAGAGUGCCUGCCUUUCUAGACCUGUUCAUGCAAUCGCUGUUUAAGCCUGGCUCAAAAAUCAAUCAGGACCAUAAACACAAAUACAUUCACAUCCUGGCCUAUGCUGCCAGCGUGGUGGAGACAUGGAAAAAGAACAAGCGAGUUAAUAUCAAUAAAGAUGAGCUCAAGUCAACUUCAAAGGCCAUAGAGACUGUCCACAACCUGUGCUGCAAUGAGAAUAAAGGAGCUACAGAGCUGGUGGCUGAACUUGGCACUUUGUAUCAGUGUAUCCGGUUUCCAGUUGUUGCUAUGGGAGUUCUGAAGUGGGUAGACUGGACGGUGUCUGAGCCUCGUUACUUCCAGCUCCAGACAGACCACACUCCAGUCCAUUUAGCUUUACUGGAUGAGAUUUGUACGUGCCACCAACUGCUGCACCCUCAAGUCCUCCAGCUGCUCAUCAAGCUGUUUGAGACGGAGCACUCUCAGCUGGACGUCAUGGAACAGAUGGAGCUGAAGAAGACUCUGCUGGACCGCAUGGUUCAUCUGCUGAGCCGUGGCUACGUCCUGCCUGUCGUCGGCUACAUUCGCAAGUGUCUGGAGAAACUCAACACGGACAUCUCCCUCAUUAGAUAUUUUGUCACCGAGGUGCUGGAUGUGAUCGCGCCUCCCUACACCUCAGACUUUGUUCAGCUCUUCUUGCCAAUCCUGGAGAACGACAGCAUCGCAGGGACGAUCCGCACCGAAGGAGAACAUGACCCUGUUGCAGAGUUCAUUGCUCAUUGCAAGUCAAAUUUCAUCAUGAUUAACUGAUGCGGAGAUGAAAUCGAUGGACACUGAACAAGGAAGACCCAAAGGAGACUGACGAUCUGUGGUGGCAGCGAUAGACUCGAGACUGAAGCGGUUUGGAUAUUUUUGUUGAGCUAACCAAGGCAAAUGUCGUUGAGAUGGAGAGACAUGCCUGCAGGGUAAUGAAAGACUGAUGAAGAGGCCUCUGAAGGUGCAGCUAAAUGAUUCUUCCACAUGUAUAUUUGAUUUUUUAUAUAUAAAUAUAUAUUUUAUUUGUGUCAAUAAAAGCUGGGUUAUAAAA